AUGCGAAUCCACAUAUUUUGCCUUGCAGCUGUGCUUUGCUUCGGUACGCUGGUCUCAUCUACUUUUCAACCAACCGGCACAACACCACCGCAGACGCCUUUUAAAAAGCGUCCACUAGGGUGCGAUUGUUUCACUGUCUCCGGUCCUGAUCCCGGGUACUUUCAGCACUACAAGCUCUGGGACUUUCGAUCGGUCGAUUUGACAAAACAUGCACAUCUCAAUCUCACAACACCUCUUCCAGGCAGUGAUGGGGACUGGGAUGACGAUGACGAAGGUGAUGAAGAAGGACAUAGCAUAGCCUUCACCACGGCUCCACCUGAUGGCAACCAGAAGUCGGAUCCCAGCUCGCUAGUCUUCUUCAAAACAACCUUCGAGCGAGAUUGGAGCAGUCAAGACUGGGAGCGCCAGCGCUCGCCGAUAGCCCCAGUCUACAUGGUCAACUCAAAAAACAACGUCUUUCUUACCAAGGAUUAUGAGCGGGAAGACCCUCAUGCAACUUACCUUGCUCUUCGCACCACCCGCCAUGACAACUACACAUCCACAGCAGAGAUUGAAACCCGCGUCCGUAAUAUUCAACAUUGUUCGCUUCGUGUCCGACUGCGCGUCUUGCCCGCGAACUUCAUCGUGUCUCAACCACCACAGCCAAGAGAAUGGCCACCGCGGAACCCACAAAGGCAUGCCAUUCCACCUUUGAAUAAUCGGACUACGAUGGAUAAUUGGACAGUUCCACUUCACGAGGGAAGCCCACCCCCAGGCGCAUGCGCAGGCAUUUUUACCUACCACGAUCGCCUCUCUGAAUCGGAUAUCGAGAUACUGACACGAGACCCAAUACAUCGCGUCCGCUACGCCAAUCAGCCAGACUACGACCCAGUCGCCGAUCGGGAAAUCCCUGGGGCAAGCACGGUAGCAGAUCUCCCAGUCCCAUGGACAACAUGGGCCACGCACCGUCUGGACUGGCUGUCGGGCAUGUCACGAUGGUUCGUGAAUAGCCAAAUUCAAGAUUCCAAGACUUAUCGAGUUCCUGAGCUGGAAAGCAUGAUUGUGCUCAAUCUUUGGAGUGAUGGUGGGGUAUGGACUGGCGACAUCAAAAUUGGCGAAAGUAUAUACAUGGGCAUCGAGUACAUCGAGCUGGUUUACAAUCGCUCCACCGAUACCACUUGCCAAAAUGCAUCUUUCUCGCAACCUGAUGAACAUCUAAUGUUUUCUUUCGCAAACACUUCCAUCAUUGAUGAUCAUUCGAGCGACGAGAAUUCUUCGGAUGAAACGCUCGUUUGUCCCCGGGGAAGACAGGGGCGGAAAUGUCGAAAGGAGAGGUACAAGGAUCGGCCUCAUAAUGAAUUCUGUCAGAGAUCGUGCUACAUUGAUGGAGGUGAGCCUUGGCAUUCUAGGUGA